UGGACAAAAAUGCAUCUGACUGUAUUUUUACUUAGGGGUAUUGUGGGCUUCCUCUGGAGCAGCUGGGCUCUCGUGGGUUAUGCAAAAGGAGGUUUGGGAGACAAUCACGUUCACUCCAGUUUUAUUUAUAGAAGACUACGGAACCAUGAAAGACGGGAAAUACAGAGGGAAAUUCUCUCUAUCUUGGGUUUGCCUCACAGACCCAGACCUUUCUCACCCGGAAAACAAGCUUCCUCUGCGCCUCUCUUUAUGUUGGACCUAUACAACGCCAUGGCCAAUGAAGAAAACCCUGAAGACUCAGAAUAUUCAGUGAGGGCAUCUCUGGCAGGAGAGACCAGGGGAGCGAGGAAGGGACACCCAGCCUCUCCCAAUGGGUAUUCUCGUCGCAUUCACUUAUCUCGAACAACUCCCCUGGCCACCCAGAGUCCGCCUCUGGCCAGCCUCCAUGAUACCAACUUUCUGAAUGAUGCUGACAUGGUCAUGAGCUUUGUCAACUUAGUUGAAAGAGACAAGGAUUUUUCUCACCAGCGGAGGCAUUACAAAGAAUUCAGGUUUGAUCUUACUCAAAUUCCUCAUGGAGAAGCAGUAACAGCAGCGGAAUUUCGGAUAUACAAAGACCGGAGCAACAAUCGAUUUGAAAAUGAAACAAUUAAGAUUAGCAUAUAUCAGAUCAUCAAGGAAUAUGCGAAUAGAGAUGCAGAUCUGUUCUUGUUAGACACAAGAAAGGCCCAAGCUUUAGAUGUGGGUUGGCUUGUCUUUGAUAUCACUGUAACCAGCAAUCAUUGGGUGAUUAAUCCACAGAACAAUUUGGGCUUACAGCUCUGUGCAGAAACAGGAGAUGGACGCAGCAUCAACAUCAAGUCUGCUGGUCUUGUGGGACGACAUGGACCUCAGUCCAAACAACCGUUCAUGGUGGCCUUCUUCAAGGCAAGCGAGGUGCUUCUCCGAUCUGUGAGAGCAGCAAACAAACGAAAGAAUCAAAAUCGCAACAAAUCCAGCUCUCAUCAGGACUCCUCCAGAAUGUCCAGUGUUGGAGAUUACAACACAAGUGAACAAAAACAAGCUUGUAAGAAGCAUGAAUUGUAUGUGAGCUUCCGGGACCUGGGGUGGCAGGACUGGAUUAUAGCCCCAGAAGGAUAUGCUGCGUUUUAUUGUGACGGGGAGUGUUCGUUCCCACUCAAUGCUCACAUGAAUGCCACCAACCAUGCCAUAGUCCAGACUCUGGUUCAUCUGAUGUUUCCUGACCAUGUGCCCAAACCCUGUUGCGCUCCGACCAAAUUAAACGCCAUCUCUGUGCUGUACUUUGAUGACAGUUCCAAUGUUAUUUUGAAAAAAUACAGAAAUAUGGUAGUGCGCUCCUGCGGCUGUCACUAAGAUUAAAUAAUAACGUUAAUAAGAAAAUUCUGUAUUAAAGUUAUGACUACAAUAAAAAUACUGCUUUCAGACAACAGGGAAAUUUUGUAAAAUUAGUGUGGUUCAUUUCAUCUCUAUGUAGAUAUCAUGUAUAUAGUCACUUUUAUUUAUUUAAAGGUAUAUAUUCUCUUUUGUGGAUACCUUAUUAUUAAAAUAUAUUUUAUAAUUUACUAUAUUUCACAAUUGGUUCACCAGCCUAUUCAAUACCAUUUCAACCUUUUGUUUCUAAUUAAUAUUUUGUUAUCUAAUUUUCUGAGAUUAGUACUCCCUUGACUUAAAUUUUUGUGGAAGGAAAUUCAAAUGCAUUUAGUUAUGCUGUGCCAAUUAAAGCCAUGACAUAAUAUUUAUUUUUAACUAAAGUUUAAAAAAAUUAAACAAAAACCUUAAGUCAAGAGUCCCUUUAUAGAUUUUGUUUCAUUAGAUAAAGUAAAAUGUUGAAAUGGAUUUGAAUAAGUCAACAGUAGGCAGAACAUAGCAGCUCAAAGAUUACGUAUAACUGUUUUAUCUGUUUGCUUAAACAGAAUUGGUGGGACGCUAGCCGGUUUCUUCUUGGCUUGUGGGUUGUAGAUUUUGCAAAGAGCUCAAAACUUCAGGGAUUCUGUGGAGGUGAGCUUGAGCCUGUGUCCAUAAUUUUCUGAGUUCAUACAAAAAAUUCCAGGACAACCUUCUUACCUCAAAUAAAUCAUGCCUGCCCACUAUCUAGAACACUACUGCUGCAUUUCCCCUGAAAUUUAAGAAUAGUCCAAGAUAAAGAAACAUUUACGUUUGCUCUGCUUCUCUCCCCACAAAGAGUCACUGAGUAUAAAAUACACCAGAGCAAAGAUGGCUUUAGAGCAUUUUCUCCAGCUCUACUUUAUAACUGAGUUUGCUGAUUGAUGCGAUACAAGGGGUUUUAUUUAGGGUAAAAGCACUGAAACUAAACUGGAGGAAAUUACCAAAAAUCCCAGAAUGGCUUUGACAGAAUUGCCAUUUCGAAAGAACAGCUGAAAUCCAUUUUUCAUAUCUUUGAGAAUGAGCUCAAUGAAAACCUUAUUUUGUAAGGGGAUUUUGUAAACCUUCCUCCAAGCACAAAUAACUCCAAGUGGGAAGGUCCUGUUUAUGUAUGUGCAUGUGUGCCCUUUCCUCUGAAAUUAAUUUAUUUUCUCUUUCUGCCUUCUAGUUUUUGCUUUUUUUUUUUUAACAAACACUGAGUUUUUGAAGAAUGGCAUUUAGAUGGAAUACGACUCCAUUUAUGUUUAUUUACAGUUAUCUAAAAUAUCCAUAAAACAUUUAUUACUCAUCCUUUGGGAUUUUUAAAAUAAAUUUGUAUCAGAUAUUUCUUCAAAACUGCUAUGGGGUUGUUGGUAAUUCAGGUUUAUUGCAAUAUGUUUUAAAAUAUGAUUUAUCUAAAAGAAAAGUUGAUAACUAUAUUGGGAGUACGUUAAGUAAUAUAUUUUUUAAUUAAAGGUAUACCAUUGUAAGAAUUUAAAAGGAAGACUAUUAUAUUCUUUAAAUGUGUUGUUUAAAAAUAUUUCUAUAUUUUAAAAUAUA